AUGUUUUACCUACUCGAGCUCACACACACCAUCAAGCUUCAUCCGUCCUUCUUUGGACCCAAUAUCCGGAAUUUCAUUCGGUCAAAACUGCUGGCAGAUGUUGAAGGCACCUGCGAUGGUCAAUACGGCUACAUCAUUUGUGUCCUCAAUUCAGAUUCGCUUGAUAUACCGCCUGGUAAGAUUAUUCAAGGUCAAGGCGUAGCGGAAUUCAGAGUUGCCUACCAAGCAAUUGUUUGGAAGCCAUUCAAGGGAGAAGUCGUGGAUGCUAUUGUCUCGGUUGUCAAUAAGAUGGGUUUCUUUGCUGAUGCAGGACCACUGUCUGUAUUUGUCUCGACUCAUCUUCUUCCGUCAGAACUCAAGUUUGAACCUACAGCGAAUCCACCAAACUACUCUGGCGAUGACAUGCAAGUUGAACGCGGCUCAAAAGUCCGGCUAAAGCUCGUUGGAACGCGUGUUGAUGCAACAGAGAUUUUCGCAAUCGGUACCAUGAAGGAAGACUAUUUGGGGGCGCUGUAA